UUGCUGGGGGAAACAAGUCAGUUAAACAUUAAACUGUAGAGUCGUGCAAACGCACUUCUUUUUUCCACACUAUUCAAACGUUUGUCCUACCCAUCAGAGGGAACACGCGCAUCAACGCAAAGAGAGACAGUCAGUUUCAGAAACACAUGCCUGAAAAAGAAGUUAUGCACAUUAUUAUCUUUACAUUGUCUUUGGUGGUACUUUCAACACCUGCUCCAUGCUCAGGGGCAAAUCUUAAAAUCGGCGUCCCUGAAAAUUAUGAUGGAAUUUUCCCAUGGUACUUGGCAAAGCUCCAUGACCUCCCUGCUACCUACACUGACCUGAUGGUGACAGGGGACGACGAGGGCAUUUUUGGAGUUGAGGCAGGAUUUCUUUACGCUCUAAAACCACUGGACAGAGAAAAGCAGCCAUCCUACACUUUGCAGGUAUCCUUGAUAGCGGCCUUGCAGUCUCAGAGCUUCAUGGUGGAAAUAUGCGUGAUUGACAAGAAUGACAAUGUGCCUGUAUUUAUUGAGGAGAGCAUGAGAGGCAGUGUGCAGCUAGGACUCCUGAAAGGGAUCUCAUUCAUGCAGGUCGGGGCAUCUGACCGUGACGAUCGUAACACGGCCCACGCUGACCUGCGCUUCAGCCUGAUGGACCAGACUCCAAGGAUCCCCUCUAGCCACAUGUUCUUCAUAGACUCUGUGACCGGAGAAGUGUCCCUCACAGAAGACGGAGCUUCCACCCUGGACCCAGAGAUGUGUGGUCGCUACAAGCUAUUAGUAAUGGUGAAGGACAUGGGUGGUAAACCCAACGCUUUCUUCUCCACUGGCCUCGUCACAGUGGAGGUGACAGGAAACACCUGGGCCUCUCCGGACCCUGUUCGUCUCCAGGAGAAUCUCCCUGGUCCCUACCCCAUCCCCAUCUCACAGGUGAAGUGGAGUGGGGGACUGGUGGAGUACAGCCUGGAGGGGGAAUUCCCAGAGAUGUUGUUCACUGUCAGCCGAGACGGAGUCAUCUCUCUCAACGCCCCCCUGGAUAGAGAAACACAAGACCAGUUCCAGAUCAGCAUCGUAGUGGAGCGUCCGGAUGGCAGGGAGAUUGCCAAGCCAGUGGAGCUGCGGGUGAUGGUGGGCGAUGCCAACGACAACAGACCUACGUUCCCUACCACACAGUACCACACCGUAGUCAAGGAGUUGGCCCCAUGGGGAACGGAGAUCCUCACAGUUCAGGCAGCCGAUAAUGACGAUCCCAAAACAGAUAACGUGAGGAUCUUCUACCGGUUGGUUGGACAGAUCCCAGAGAGCCCUCGAGCAUUGUUCCGGGUUGACCGUGACUCUGGGGUCAUCACGGUGCAGGCAGACACCCUUGAGGGGGCCGCCCCGCAGUACACACUGACCAUCACAGCUGAGGACGCUAAAGGCUUGAACAGCUCCUGUACUGUGGUUGUGACGGUGCAGGACGAGAACAACAACCCACCUGUCUUCACUCAACAUGAGUAUGGGCCCUUUCACCUGCCGGAGGAUGCUGCUGUGGGAGCGACAGUUACAGCGGUGUCUGCGUGGGACGCUGAUGAGCGUGGAGGAGACAGUUGGCAGGUGGAUUACAGGCUGGAGUCUGGCAACGAGGAGGAGGUGUUCUCAUUAGUCACAGACAAGCAGACCAAUGAGGUUUCACUCGUCCUUUCCAAGGUGCUGGACUUUGAGCGGGAGAGCGAGUACAUUCUGGUCCUUAGUGCUCAGAACCCGGUGGCUCUUGUUCGAGGGAGGUAUGGCCCAGCGUCCACGGCAACUGUUUCCAUCUACGUAGACGAUAUCAACGAGGGACCCAUUCUGUCCCAGAGUCACUACGAGGUCACAGUCAGAGAGGGGGAGGAGCCAGGACGUGUUAUCGCCACUAUUCGUGGAUAUGACCCAGACUCACACCCAAUCAGAUACUCACUCAGAGGAGAUACCAAGAGGUACUUCUCCAUUGGGAAGUACUCAGGUGAGCUAAAGACUGUCCAGGCAUUGGACAGAGAAGAAAACAGCACCUACACCAUGGAGGUCAUUGCUGAAGAUGGAAGGAACUCAUCUCUGUCCGCCUCCACCCUGGUGACAGUCCAUAUUCUGGAUGUGAAUGACAACAGUCCUGUGUUGGUGGGCGAUUAUUCCUGGAAAUAUUUGUGUACCCCUCGCUGGGAGGACCAGGCGUUGGUACUUGCAUCACGGGACAGCGAUGGUCCCCAGCAUGGAGGCAGGCUCAAUUUCUCCCUCCGCAGUGAUGCCACUGUUCACCGCAACUGGAAACUGACCCCCAUCAACGACACCCACACAAACCUGUCACUGAACACCCCAUACCUGUCUCCGGACGUCUACACCGUUCCUUUCACCAUCUCUGACAGCAGCUCACCUCCCAGGAGCACCUUUAUAAACCUGCCAGUGACGGUGUGCCCAUGCAAUGUGAGAGGGAACUGCAGGACGGCCGCUAAGCAGCUGCAAGGCAUGCCAACCGUCCAGUCCACCGUGGGCACCCUACUGGGAACCCUGGGGGUCAUAGGAAUUAUUCUUAUUGUUGUCUUUGUAAGGCUGUCCUACCAGAACCCCAAACCGCCGACUAAAACCAACCAGGAGAGAGAGCCACUCAGAAUCUCUUUGUGAGUUUCCAGUCUGUGUUAUGUUUCUGACUGUGCCCUUACUGACUGGGCAAUAAUAGUAGACCAAUGAUAUGUUGACAGUGUUUGUUCAGGGCUGUAUAGCAUUUUCCUGUUAAGUUGUUCUUGAAUUGCGGUGGCAUUUGGGCAGUGCAUUCUGGGGACCAUUUCACUUGAUUUAAAUUAAUGUGGGUAAAUCUCCCAUUCUAAAAUAAUUAAUACGACAGCUUAAUAACAUUGAAUAGUGUUUACCAUGAUAAUUGUAUUGUACCAUCAUUAUGAGUAGUUACACCAAUUAUGUUUACACCAAUGAGACAAUUUAGGUACAGUUGUGCCCAAACAUUUGCAUACCCUUGGAGAAUUGGUAAUAUAUGUACCAUUUGUAAAGAAGACAUGAGUGAGCAGGCAAAAC